CUUAUGAUUAUACACAUUCGUUGAUUUGUGGUUGGUUCAGUUGGAAACAGAAAGAAUAAAGAAUCUAUUGUUCCGGUUUUAUUAUUUAGUUUUAAUUAUUAAAUUUUUAAAGUACACUUUUUAAUUUAAUUAUUGUAUCAUGGCCGAUCAGGAUAAGCAAGAUGAUUUGGCUACCGCAAUCUUACGUAAGAAGGACCGUCCAAACAGGUUAAUCGUCGAAGAGGCUAUAAAUGAUGAUAAUUCAGUUAUUGCUUUAUCUCAGGCAAAAAUGGACCAACUUCAAUUAUUCAGAGGAGAUACAGUAUUGUUGAAAGGCAAACGAAGAAAAGAAUCAGUCUGCAUUGUUUUAUCCGAUGACACGGUUGCUGAUGAAAAAAUUCGGAUGAAUCGCGUUGUGCGUAACAAUUUACGCGUACGAUUGUCUGAUAUCGUCUCAGUUCAACCUUGCCCCGAUGUAAAAUAUGGAAAAAGAGUUCACGUUCUCCCCAUCGAUGAUACUGUUGAAGGCUUAACUGGCAAUCUUUUUGAAGUAUAUUUGAAACCCUAUUUUCUCGAAGCUUACCGUCCCAUUCAUAAAGAUGACACGUUUAUUAUACGAGGAGGUAUGCGAGCUGUGGAAUUUAAAGUUGUUGAAACUGACCCAUCUCCGUUCUGUAUUGUUGCUCCUGAUACCGUAAUUCAUUAUGAAGGCGACCCGAUUAAACGUGAAGAGGAAGAAGAGGCAAUGAGUGCUGUCGGCUACGAUGAUAUCGGCGGUUGUAGAAAACAAUUAGCUCAAAUAAAAGAAAUGGUAGAGUUACCAUUACGUCAUCCCAGUUUAUUCAAAGCUAUUGGUGUCAAACCUCCCAGAGGUAUUCUGUUAUACGGUCCUCCCGGUACCGGUAAAACGUUGAUUGCUAGAGCCGUCGCUAACGAAACUGGCGCAUUUUUCUUCCUCAUUAACGGUCCUGAAAUUAUGAGUAAAUUGGCUGGUGAAUCUGAGAGUAAUUUAAGAAAAGCUUUCGAAGAAGCAGAUAAGAACUCUCCGGCGAUUAUUUUCAUCGAUGAAUUAGACGCCAUUGCUCCCAAAAGAGAAAAAACUCAUGGUGAAGUUGAACGCAGAAUUGUAUCUCAAUUACUUACGUUGAUGGAUGGCAUGAAGAAAAGCUCUCACGUGAUUGUUAUGGCUGCUACCAACAGACCUAAUUCUAUUGAUGCGGCUUUACGUAGAUUCGGACGAUUCGAUAGGGAAAUAGAUAUUGGAAUUCCAGACGCGACUGGUCGGCUAGAGAUUUUAAGAAUUCACACGAAAAAUAUGAAACUCGCUGAUGAUGUUGAUUUGGAACAGAUCGCAGCGGAGACUCACGGACAUGUUGGUGCUGAUUUGGCAUCACUUUGUUCAGAAGCCGCGUUACAACAAAUUCGAGAAAAAAUGGACCUAAUUGACUUAGAAGAAGAUCAAAUUGAUGCCGAAGUCCUGAACUCUUUGGCUGUGUCGAUGGAAAACUUCAGAUAUGCCAUGGGCAAGAGCAGUCCGAGUGCGUUACGAGAAACUGUGGUUGAAGUACCAAAUAUCACAUGGAACGAUAUUGGUGGUUUGGAGAGUGUUAAACGCGAAUUACAAGAACUCGUUCAAUAUCCUGUUGAACAUCCCGAAAAAUUCAUCAAAUUCGGUAUGCAACCAUCCCGAGGUGUACUGUUUUACGGUCCUCCUGGUUGCGGUAAAACUUUACUCGCGAAAGCUAUUGCUAAUGAAUGCCAAGCUAAUUUCAUAUCCGUGAAAGGACCCGAACUUCUAACCAUGUGGUUCGGUGAAUCCGAAGCAAAUGUCCGAGACAUUUUCGAUAAGGCUCGUGCUGCCGCUCCGUGCGUGCUAUUCUUUGAUGAAUUAGAUUCAAUCGCGAAAUCACGUGGUGGUAAUAUCGGUGAUGCUGGUGGCGCUGCCGACCGAGUUAUCAAUCAAAUUCUAACUGAAAUGGAUGGUAUGGGAGCAAAGAAGAAUGUAUUCAUCAUCGGAGCAACGAAUAGACCGGAUAUCAUCGAUCCUGCUAUUUUGCGUCCUGGACGUUUAGAUCAACUAAUUUACAUUCCUCUGCCUGAUGAAAAAUCGAGGGAAGCUAUUCUAAAAGCUAAUUUAAGGAAAUCGCCGGUCGCUCAAGAUGUUGAUUUGAAUUACGUCGCUAAAGUAACGCAUGGCUUUUCUGGAGCUGAUUUAACAGAAGUUUGUCAACGAGCUUGUAAAUUAGCUAUCCGUCAAAGUAUAGAGGCCGAAAUUCGUAGAGAGAAAGAAGAGGCUAAUCAACCUCCCGGUGCAAUGGAUACGGACGAAGAAGAUCCAGUACCGGAAAUUACUAGAGCGCAUUUCGAAGAAGCAAUGCGAUUUGCUAGACGUUCCGUCACCGAUAACGAUAUUCGUAAAUACGAAAUGUUUGCGCAAACUUUACAACAAUCUAGAGGAUUCGGAAAUAAUUUCAGAUUCCCUAGUUCAACUGCGGCCCCUACGCCUCAAGCUGGUACAACGGGUACCGAUCAAUCUAAUUUCCAAGACGACGGAGAUGACGAUGAUCUUUAUGGUUAAUGUGGUGUAUUUAAAAUACUUUUUGAAUUAUGUUGUUUAGCGUCUGGUUUUCAUUUUAAUAUUUUCUAAGUCGCAAAUUUAAUACAUUUUUAAAAUUUUAUUUUGUCUAAAUAUUAUUAAUUUCUUUACACUAGUAGGUAAAUAAUUCGGUUUCGAAAAAGAUGAUAUGUACUUUGAAAAAGAGUGUUUUCAAAUCAGUUUAUUAUACAAAUUUGCUAAAAAUAUACGAUAUACAAAAUUGUUUUA